AUGUUCAAGCUCGGCCGUAGUCGUGCUGUGGCUUCGGCCCUCAACGCCUCCAAGCUCCAAUUUGCUGCUCCCGCCGCUCGAUUCCCCGGCGUUCAACAAAGGAGAGCUCUGAGCAUUCACGAGUACCUCUCUGCCGACCUCCUGCGACAGUAUGGCGUCGGCGUCCCCAAGGGAGCUGUCGCAAAGACGGCCAAGGAGGCCAAGCAGGUCGCUGAGCAGAUUGGCACCGAGGACAUGGUCAUCAAGGCUCAGGUCCUGGCCGGCGGUCGAGGAAAGGGUACUUUCGACAAUGGCCUCAAGGGCGGUGUCCGUGUCAUCUACUCUCCCCAUGAGGCCGAGAUGUUUGCCCAGCAGAUGAUCGGCUACAACCUCAUCACCAAGCAGACGGGUGCUGGCGGCCGUCUCUGCAACUCUGUCUACAUCUGCGAGCGCAAGUUUGCUCGUCGCGAGUUUUACCUGGCCAUCCUUAUGGAUCGUCAACACCAGUGCCCUGUCAUUGUGUCCUCUUCCCAGGGUGGAAUGGAUAUUGAGACCGUUGCCAAGGAGAACCCCAGUGCCAUCAACACCAACUACAUCGAUAUCAACGUUGGUGUGACUGACGAGAUUGCCCGCGGCAUCGCCACCAAGCUCGGCUUCAGCGAGCAGUGCAUCGAGGAGGCCAAGGACACCAUCCAGAAGCUCUACCAGAUCUUCAAGGAGAAGGACUCGACCCAGAUUGAGAUCAACCCUCUGUCCGAGACUUCCGACCACCAGGUUCUCUGCAUGGACGCCAAGUUCGGUUUCGACGACAACGCCGAUUUCCGACAGAAGGAGGUGUUUGAGUGGCGCGACACCAGCCAGGAGGACCCUGAUGAGGUCCGCGCUGCCGAGUCCAACCUCAACUUCAUCAAGCUCGAUGGUGACAUUGGCUGCCUCGUCAACGGUGCCGGUCUUGCCAUGGCCACCAUGGACAUUAUCAAGUUGAACGGUGGUCAGCCCGCCAACUUCCUCGACGUUGGUGGUGGUGCCACUCCCGCCGCCAUUAAGGAGGCUUUUGAGCUCAUCACCAGCGACGCCAAGGUCACUGCCAUCUUUGUCAACAUCUUUGGUGGUAUCGUGCGAUGCGAUGCCAUCGCCACUGGUCUGAUCAAGACUGUCGAGAGCUUGAACCUCAAGAUCCCCAUCAUUGCCCGUCUCCAGGGUACCAACGUCGAUGCUGCCCACCAGCUCAUCAACGACUCUGGUCUCAAGAUCUUCUCCAUCGAUGACCUACAAAGCGCCGCCGAGAAGGCCGUGCAGCUGUCCAAGGUCGUCAAGCUCGCUCGCGAUAUCGAUGUCGGCGUCGAGUUCACCCUGGGUAUCUAA